UGUUUUGCGGCCGACGACGACUUUGUGUUGCUUCAAGCUGUGAACCGCUGCUUGCUAGCUGCCACAUCGCCAACAUGAAUAUCUCACAACCCGUGUCGUCGCAAAUUGGCGGCGUCGAGUUCGCCUUCCUACCGUCGGAUGAGAUUCGCGCCUUGUCCGUCAAGCGCAUCACCAACCCUACCACAUUCGAUACCCUUUUGAACCCCGUCCCCGGUGGUCUCUACGAUGCUGCUCUUGGAAACUUCGGCGACAACUCAUGUACCACCUGCAACCUGAAGUUUGGCUGUCCUGGCCACUGCGGUCACGUCGAGCUCCCUGUCCAUGUCUACAACCCUACUUUUAUGGACCAGUGUUUGCGUCUGCUUCGCGCAAAAUGUAUCUACUGCCACAAGCUGAAGAUGUCUCGUGUUGAGGUCAACCGCUUCGUCUGCAAGCUUACCCUGGUCAAGUACGGCCUGCUGAAGGAGUGCUACGAUGUCGACGAAAUCACCCUCGCCAACGAUUCCACCUCAAAGGCCGACAAGGACGACUCGGAUGAUGAGCAGGACGCCGACACCAAGGGCAUCAUCGCUCGUAGAAACGCCUUCGUCAAGAACGCCAUCAAGCAGGCUGGUUUCAGCAAGAAGCGCAAUGACUGGGCCGACACCAAAAUCGAAGCCGUCGCAAACGAGAGACGCGCCAUCGUCAAGGAGUUCCUUUACUCAAUCACGAAGAGCAAGAAGUGCAACAACUGCAACGGUAUCUGUCCUACCUACAGAAAGGACCGUUUUGUCAAGAUCUUCAGAAAGCCCUUGUCGGAGAAGGAUAGAAUCGCCAUGGUUCAAGGAGGCUUCAAGGCUCAAGAUCCUCUGCUCUUGAUGAAGAAGAAGCGUGAGGCACAAGCCAAGAAGCAAGGUCUGGCUCAGGACGAGGCUGUGGCCGACCUGGAGGACUCGCCCGCAGAAUCAGAAGGAGAAGGAGAUGACAUCUCAAUGCUCGACAUUGAGCAAGAAGUUGCCGGAGGAAACGCUCUCGAGACCGAGACAGCGACCAAGACCUCGAAAUCCGACAAGGAGGAGAAGCAGAGCUACCUGAACGCAGGUCAAGUGCAUGCGCAUCUCGUCCAGCUGUUCGAGCAAGACGCAGAGGUCCUCGGCAUGAUCUACACUCCUCGUUCCAAGGGUCGCAGAGGCGCUCCUCUGAGCGCAGAGAUGUUUUUCAUCAAGGACUUGAUUGUUCCUCCCAACAGAUUCAGACCUGAAGCCAGAACUGGCGCUGACGAGAUCGCCGAAGCCCAAGAGAACUCUCUCUACAAGAACAUCAUCAAUGUUUGCGACCAGAUGACACAAAUUCACAAGGAGCUCAACGGUCAACUACAAAACGAGUACGCCAGACGCCCAAGAAACUACGCCGACUUCCAGGAUGCUUGGAUUCGUCUUCAAGAUGGUGUCAACUCUCUUCUGGACCGCGACCGCAACCCCGUACAAGGAGGCGCUGGCAAGAGAAAUGAGGACGGUAUCAAGCAGCGUCUGGAAAAGAAGGAAGGUCUGUUCAGAAAGAACAUGAUGGGAAAGCGUGUCAACUUCGCUGCCCGUACCGUCAUCUCUCCCGACCCGAACAUCGAGACCAACGAGAUUGGUGUCCCGCCGGUUUUUGCUCUGAAGUUGACCUACCCGGAACCUGUCAAUGAUCACAACUACAACGACCUCAGACAAGCCGUCAUCAAUGGUCCUUACGUCUGGCCCGGCGCUAUGGCCAUUGAGAACGAGAACGGCCAAGUCAUCAACCUGCAAAUCAAGAACCUCGAGGAGCGUACUGCUCUGGCCAACCAACUUCAGGCUCCUUCAAGCACCAACGUGAGCGGUGUAAAGGCCAAGAAGGUACAUCGCCAUCUGAACAACGGUGAUAUUGUCAUCAUGAACAGACAGCCCACCCUUCACAAGCCUUCCAUGAUGUGUCAUAGAGCCCGCGUUCUGCCUGGUGAGAAGACUCUGCGUAUGCACUACGCCAACUGUAACACCUACAACGCCGAUUUCGAUGGUGAUGAGAUGAACUUGCAUUUCCCGCAGAACGAGCUUGCCAGAUCAGAGGCCAUCAGUAUCGCUGACAAUGACCAUCAAUACUUGUCGGGAACUGCUGGUAAACCUCUUCGUGGUCUGAUUCAAGAUCAUAUUUCCAUGGGUGUCUGGUUGACCAACCGUGAUACCUUCUUCAAUCGUGAAGACUACCACCAGCUGCUUUACGCUGGUCUCAGACCAGAGAACAACCACACCACCUCAGGACGUGUCGAGACUGUACCGCCUGCCAUCAGAAAGCCUCGCCCGCUGUGGACUGGUAAGCAGGUUGUCUCAUCCGUCUUGAAGAACCUCACCCCCGAAGACUUCCCCGGUCUUACCAUGACUUCAAAGUCUACCACAGCAGCUAAGCAAUGGGGUACCAACUCAGAAGAACAGAUUGUCAUCUUCAAAGAUGGUGAGUUGCUGUGUGGUAUCCUGGACAAGGCUCAAAUCGGCCCCAGUGGUGGAGGUGUUGUCAACGCUAUCUACGAGGCUUACGGACACACCAUCGCUGGAAAGCUGAUGAGUGUUCUCGGUCGUUUGUUGACUAAGAUGCUUCACAUGCGUGCAUUCUCAUGUGGUGUUGAGGAUCUGAUCUUCACCCCAGAAGGCGAGAGCCUGCGAAGAGAAGCACUCAGCAAAUCAUACGACUCCGGCAUCAAGGUCGCUGCCAAGUACGUCUCAUUGCAGACUGAAAAUCCAAGCACGAACGAUCCCGAGCUGCGCAGACGUCUCGAGCAAGUUCUCCGUGAUGACAGCAAGCAAGCUGGUCUCGAUACAGUAAUGAGCACAGCCAACAGUGAGGUCUCAGGUAACGUGACAAGCACUUGCUUGCCUGCUGCUUUGGUCAAGCCUUUCCCCAAAAACCAAAUGCAAGCCAUGACAGGGUCUGGAGCCAAGGGUUCCGGUGUCAACGCCAACCAGAUUUCUUGUAACCUUGGUCAACAGGUUCUGGAAGGUCGCAGAGUUCCUGUCAUGGUUAGUGGUAAGACUUUGCCUUGCUUCAAGCCUUUCGAGACAAGCGUCAGAGCUGGUGGUUACAUUGUCGACCGUUUCUUGACUGGUGUAAGACCUCAAGAAUACUACUUCCACGCCAUGGCUGGAAGAGAAGGUCUGAUUGAUACUGCUGUCAAGACUUCCAGAUCCGGUUAUCUGCAGAGAUGUUUGAUCAAGGGUAUGGAGGGCCUCAAGUCUGAGUACGAUACCACCGUCCGCGACGCAGAUGGAUCGAUCAUUCAGUUCAUCUACGGUGAGGACGGUCUGGACAUUGGCAAGGCCAAGUAUCUCUCUGACUUCAAGUUCAUUGCUGAGAACCACAUGUCUAUGUUCCACAACCUUGGCAUCAAGUCUGAGUUUGGCCGCAUCAUGAGCGUCGAGGCUUCUGAGUACAACAAGAACGCCGAGAAGAAGUACAGAAAGACUGGUGACCUUGGAGCUAGCGACCCUGCCCUGUCCAUCUACUCGCCUGCCCGCUUCGCCGGUAGCACUUCCGAGAAACUCAUGCGCGACGCCAAGAAGUACAUCGAUGAGAACCCUGACAAGCUUAUCAAGGACAAGAAGCGCAACAUCGAGGGCGUUUCUGGUCUCACCAAGAAGAGUCUCCAGGCCAUUAUUGACGUCAGAUACCUCAAGUCAAUUGUCGAGCCCGGAGAGGCUGUCGGUGUCGUCGCUGGUCAGUCAGUUGGUGAGCCCUCGACACAGAUGACACUGAACACCUUCCAUUUGGCUGGUCACGCUGCCAAGAACGUCACGCUUGGUAUUCCUCGUCUUCGUGAGAUUGUCAUGACUGCCAGUGCUACCAUCGCUACGCCCAACAUGACUCUGCAUGUCAACCCUGAAGUUCCUAAGCAAGAGAGCGAGCAAUUCGCCAAGGGCAUCAGCAGACUUAGUCUCGCCGAGGUUCUUGACAAGGUUUCUGUGACUGAGAGGAUUGGAAGAGGUGUCGCCUACGAGCAGGCCAAGUCCUACACCGUCCGCCUGCAGCUGUUCCCUUCAGACGAAUACACCAAGGAAUAUGCUAUCACGGUUGAGGAUGUUGCUCGCACCAUCGAAACCAAGCUAUUGCCCAGACUCCAGAGCGUUAUUCGUAAGGAACUCAAGAAGAAGGGUGACCAGAAGACCCUGAAGAAGUCUGAUGCCAUGCCCGAAAUCGGCGAGUCCGCUGGCACAAUCGAACAAGAGGUCGGUCGCCCUGAGGGUGAGCGCGAGGGCGGUGACGACGACUCCGACAACGAAGGCGACGAUGAUGCCACUCGCGACAAGGCCAAGUCAAACAAGACUCAAGGUGGUUAUGACGCUCCCGACGACGACGAGGAAGCUAUCGUGGCUCGUGGUCGCCGCGAGACGACGCCGGAGGAGGAACAAGAGGACGAAGGCUUCGUUGGUAGCCCCAAUACCUCCGACGACUCCGACUCAGAAAUGGAGGACGCAGAAGCGAACAUCAAAAAGGUUGCCUACAGCUCGAAGGAACGUGAAGAGCGUAUUAAGGGCAACAAGUACACCAACGAUGUUUCCGCCUUCAAGUUCGACGACAAGACUGGCGCCUCGUGUACUUUCACUAUUGAGUACGCUGCAGAGACCGCCAAACUUCUCAUGCUCAAUCUGGUUGAAAACUGCACCAGGGAUGCACUUAUCCAAUCUAUCCCCGGUCUUGGUGCCUGUGAUCUAGCACAAGAAAAGUUCAUGGACCCUAGCACCGGUAAGGAGAGUGAGGUUGAUGUGAUUACCACCGAUGGUGAGAACCUUUUGGCCAUGCGCAACCACCAGAACGUGUUGAACCCCAACCGUUUCUUCACCAAUGACAUUGCCGCUAUGCUCCGCUUGUAUGGUGUGGAGGCCUGUCGCGCGUCCAUCGUGCGCGAGGUGUCAGCCGUCUUCGGUGGUCACGGUAUCAGUGUCGAUCAGCGCCACUUGAACCUCAUUGCCGACUACAUGACACGUGGUGGUGGCUACCAGGCCUUCUCGCGUCAAGGUAUCAAAGGUAACACAUCACCCUUCAUGAAGAUGAGUUUCGAGACCACUGUUGGCUUCCUUCGCGACGCUGUCAUGGAGGAGGACUUUGACGACCUCAGCGGUCCCUCCGGCCGUAUCGUCGUUGGCAAGAUUGGAAGAAUCGGUACCGGUGGCUUCGAUGUUAUGAUGCCCGUUCUGCAGGUUUCAAAUCUUCCUCAGGAAGAUGCGGAGGAAAACGGCGAUGUCAUGGCCGUUGACAGCGAGAGCGAGGAGGAAAGUGACGAUGAGUAGACUUGUUGUGUUUGCACAAAAAAGCUGGAAAUGUGGUGUUGUCUUUGGGAGGGUCUUGAUUUGCAUUUGAGAUGUUAUUAGCCAUGGUGUUUUCUGAUUGUUGUUUAGAGUAGG